AACAUCACAAGAUGUUUCUGGAAAUGCUGAAUCCUAUGCACUACAAUGUCACCAACAUGGUCCCAGGAGCAAUGCCCGCCAGUGCCAUGCCACUCCUGUUGAUCAUGGGCCUCCUUGUCUUGAUUUGGAAUUGUGAGAGCACAUCUUCAAUACCAGGUCCUGGCUACUGUCUGGGAAUUGGGCCCCUCAUUUCCCAUGGCAGGUUCUUGUGGAUGGGGAUUGGAAAUGCCUGCAACUACUAUAAUAAGAUGUACGGGGAGUUCAUGAGAGUCUGGAUCAGCGGAGAGGAGACACUCAUUAUCAGCAAGUCCUCAAGUAUGUUCCAUGUAAUGAAACACAGUAACUACAUCUCCAGAUUUGGCAGCAAACGUGGACUGCAGUGCAUCGGAAUGCAUGAGAAUGGCAUCAUAUUUAACAAUAAUCCAGACCUUUGGAAAACAAUUCGCCCUUUCUUUAUGAAAGCUCUGACAGGCCCUGGUCUGGUUCGGAUGGUAACAGUUUGUAAGGAGUCCAUCAAGCAGCAUUUGGACAGGCUGGAUGAAGUCACCGACAACUCAGGCUCCGUGGACGUGCUGACCCUCAUGCGGCACAUCAUGCUGAACGCCUCCAACAUACUCUUCUUGGGGAUUCCCCUGGAUGAAAGUUCCAUUGUGAAAAAAAUCCAGGGUUAUUUUAAUGCGUGGCAAGCUCUCAUCAUCAAACCAAACAUCUUCUUCAAGAUUUCUUGGCUCUACAGAAAGUAUGAAAGAUCCGCCAAGGACUUGAAAGACGCGAUAGCUGUUUUGGUGGAAGAAAAAAGACACAAGAUUUCCACAGCCGAGAAACUGGAAGACUGUAUGGAUUUUGCAACUGAUUUGAUUUUUGCUGAGAGGCGUGGAGACCUGACGAAAGAGAAUGUGAACCAGUGUGUACUGGAAAUGCUGAUCGCCGCACCCGACACCAUGUCUGUCACUCUGUACUUCAUGCUACUGCUCAUUGCAGAGUACCCCGAGGCUGAAAAGGCAAUACUGAAGGAAAUCCACACUGUUGUUGGUGACAGAGACAUACGGAUUGAUGAUAUCCAAAAUCUGAAAGUGGUAGAAAGCUUCAUUAAUGAAAGCAUGAGGUACCAGCCUGUUGUGGACUUGGUCAUGCGUCGAGCCCUGGAUGACGAUGUGAUUGAUGGCUACCCAGUCAAAAAGGGAACGAAUAUCAUUCUGAAUAUCGGAAGAAUGCACAGACUCGAGUACUUCCCCAAGCCCAAUGAAUUCACCCUGGAAAACUUUGAGAAGAAUGUUCCCUACAGGUAUUUUCAGCCAUUUGGCUUUGGGCCCCGCAGCUGUGCUGGGAAGUACAUCGCCAUGGUGAUGAUGAAAGUCAUCCUGGUUACACUUUUGAAGCGAUUCCAUGUGAAGACACUGCAAAAAAGAUGUAUUGAAAACAUACCGAAAAAAAGUGACUUGUCCUUGCACCCAAACGAGGACAAACACCUUGUGAAAAUAAUUUUCACCCCGAGGAAUUCAGACAAGUACCUCAAGCAGUAAAGAAGUAUAGUCAGUAUCUACUCUGGAGUGUUACUGUGUCAGUAGUGACACGGAAACCAUCCAUUUCAGCGGGUAGGUGGCAUCAACCUCACAAUGAACAUGUGAUGGCCUGAAGCAUUUUACUAUCACAGCUCCUAGGGUUUGUCAGCAAGAUGGGCUUCCACCACAGAGCCAGGAUGCAAAGAAAUGGAGAGAGACUGAAACCUUAAAGGACAGAGCCUACAAAAUAUACUUUGGGAAAGACAGGCCAUCAGUUAAAUCUGACAAGUCUCCUGCCAGAGUUCCAUUGCUGCUGAUGUCUGAUGUUGUCAGCAUAUCUCACACCUCUGGCAGAAGUCCUCAAGUUAGUAGAAAAGCCAAGCCUACCUGCUACUGAGCAUAAAGGAAUAAAGGAGUUUUCACACACUCACACACACACACACACACACGAAUGCAUGCACACAUCUCUCUGUGUGGUGACUGUGGGUAGGAAGCAACAAUCUAGACUGUUUCCACAAGUUAAGCCCAGUUACUUCCGAUGAACCCAUAUGUAAGCUGUUUGGGACAAAAGUUAAACAUGAGGGUAUCCCUUCCUACUCUCAAUUCAUGCUCCCAGACAUGUAGUUUGAUUGUAGUAGAUAUAGAUUCAGGUAAAACAGACCUAACUAGUACUGGCCUGAGUAAAAUAGAGCUAGGACUCUAUAUGUGGUGUAGGGGGAAAAAUCACAUGGUGCAAUUCAAAUAAAUCUUUUUGUAAUGUUUGCAUUGUUGCUUAGUUCCUUUAGUUUAGUUUGGGGAAAUGAAAGCCUACUGUGUCUACAGCUAAUGCAGCAUCCCAGUGGGCCCUGACUUCUAAAGCUCUCUUGAUUUUACACAUCUUCUUACCUCCCCUCUAUUACCCCAUUCUUUCAAAGAACAAAGACCAAACCCUCAUCAAUCAUUUUUUCAUCCUACCUCAGAUAUAGUAGUUACCUUAGAGAUUUAACAAAUAACUGUCUCAUUGAAUCACUGUAGCCAUGGAUCAAAUGUACACUGUGGA